AUGCGCGCGCUCGCGUCGGCGCCGACGCCCGCGACGCGCGGCGUCGUCCAUCGACGCGCGAGGACGCGCGCCCACCGCGCGCGUCCUCGCGCGUCCGCGUCCGACCCGUCGUCGAGCGCGCGACCGCCGAGCGCGCGCUACGAAAAGACGUGGAGCAAUCCGACCGGGAACGUCCUCACCGACGUAGUCCCCGGCGUCGUCUGGGCCGCGGAGCGGCCGUUCACGUGGAACGCGAUCGACGUCGGCGGGAAGAUGGCGGUCGUGAGGCUGCGAGACGGCGCGCUGUGGGUGCACUCGCCGAUCGACCUCGACGACGCGACGCGGGCCGCGAUCGACGCGCUCGGGUCGGUGAAACACGUCGUGUCGCCAAACUACGAGCACGUGAAGUGGGCGGCGCAGUGGAAGGAGGCGUACCCAGACGCGACGCUCUACGGGUGCCCGGGGAUGAGAGCGAAGAAGCCGGGGAUUCCGUGGGACGCGGAGGUGGGCGAGGACGGCGCUCCGGAGGCGUGGGGAGGGGAGUUCGACGUCGCGCUUUUCGACUGCGAGGUUAAUCCGUUCACGUCGACGCCGUUCUUCAACGAGGUCGUGUUCUGUCACGCCGCCAGCGGGGUCGCGUUCGUCACGGACGUGUUCUGGAACUACCCGGGCGGGGAUGACGUUCCGCCCGGGACGAGGCUGUGGAAGUUCGGGAUGGAUCGAGUGUACUUGCCCUUUUACCGCGCGGCGAUGGUCCGCGACCGGGAGAAGUUCGCGCGCGCGAGAGAAAAAGUGUUGAGCUGGGACUUCGACGCCGCGCUGCCGUGUCACGGGUCGUUCAUCCCGCGCGGCGCGAAAGACGCGCUGCGGAGGCACCUCGCGCUGUGA